AAAAAAAGAUCUAAAAUCUGACAUUUGUCUCAGCAGCAGUUUUGUUUAUUGCGUGCGUUUAUUUAGAAAGUUUUCAAUUUUUAGUAAAAGUUUCUUUUUUGUUGAGUUUAUUCUAUUCUGUGGGAGUAAUGGAACCCCCAGCGCAUAUUAGUGUUGCAGAGCAAAACGUUGAUAACGAAGAAAAAAAUAAACUGCUUGAGCAAAUACGUUUCUAUGUCGAAAAUUAUGAACGUUUGUGUCGGUUGUGUUUGACCAACCAACGUCUGGUAAAUCUCUACAGCAUCGUGCAAGAACGAAACGUUUAUUAUGUGCGACAUUUCAUCAAAGAAGCUUUGCGAUUGAUGGAGCAAACGAUUGACAAAAAAGAUCGCUUGCCGAAUUUCAUAUGCGAAAAAUGCGAACGAAAUUUGAACAUAAUAUUCAACUUUAAGAAAAAAUGUGACAAAUCACGACGUAUUCUCGAAAAGGUUCGUGACAAAUCAAUUGCAGUUGAUGAUUUGGUGGACACCGACUCACAGCAAACUGCAGAUAAACUCCAUGUCAGUAGUCGCAGCCGGAUGAAACGUGACAACCCGAAUUGCGCUGAUUUACUGAAGAAGCUCCCUAACGAUAUUAAUAUAGCAAAGGUGCGUGAUUCAGCAAAAUCUGGGAAGUUAGCUGUAGAAGAGCUGGCAAAUAACGUGCUCAAACUCGAAUCUGACGAUAUUAAGCAAGAAGUUGCUAGCUUAGGGCUUUUGUUUCCGGGAACGGAUCUUAAUAUAGAGUUGAAUGAAUUUUCUAAUCUGGUGGAUGAUGGCAGUGCUAUCGUUUCUCAAGAAGAUGUACACCAUGAUUCAGUAAGCGAAAAGGAUUUCAAAGUCGAUCAUACUUCGGACAAUGAUUGGGAACCAAACGAACAACAAACUAUGUCAGACGAGACGGAUGAGCAAUCAGCUAACGACCUUCCUGCAGAGCGGAAGAGAAGGAGGAAUACAAAAGUUAGACACGGAAAACAAGGACGACCCAUUGGCUCGAAGUCACGCGGCCAAGGAAAAAAACUGCCGAAGGAAAAAACCAUCUGUCCGGUGUGCGGCGCGUUGGUGAACAACAUUAAAUGCCACAUGGUCACCCACGAUGAGAUUCGGCCGCAUCAGUGCGAACAGUGUCCGAAAGGUUUCACCUCCCGCAACAAGCUGCAGUCGCACGUAAACAGUGUUCAUCUGAAAAAACGUGACUUUAAAUGCGAAAUCUGUGGCAAAGCGUUUCUGGAGAAGAACAACCUCAAAGGCCACCAGAGAAUCCACAACGGAGAACGGAAGUACAAGUGCGACCUCUGCCCGAAGACAUUUCUUUUCGCUGGUACAUUGCGCUGUCACAAGCUGACCCACACGCAGGACAAGAAGCAUGAAUGUCAGGUUUGUGGCAAAAUGUUCUUAAUGCGUACCACGCUUAACAAGCACUUGUACGUGCACAGUAACGAGCGGCCGCAUAAGUGCGAUAUGUGCGAUAAAACGUUUCGGACGUCGACGCAUAAAAUCAUACACAUGCGAACGCACACAGGCGAGAAACCACUGCAGUGUCGGAUUUGUGGAGCUGGUUUCGCACACCACAAGGCGCGUAGUGUCCACAUGAAGACUAAGCAUGCGGAAGAAUUGGUCGCAAUGGACAUGCUGGAUGAAAGAGGUCAUCUAAAAUUCUAGGAACAUAACUGGGUAGGUGUUUGCCAAACCUCAAUGUAGAGAAUAUAUAUGUAUAAUUUUUGCUCA